GAACUUGAAGACGAUUGUCGAAUGCAACCCACGUCAAGCGUUAUAGUGCCCGGACUAUGAAGGCCUGCUAUGCAUCCUUCCUUGACAACUCCAGCCACAAUGGGGAGACCUCAAGCCGGAUGCAUUACAGUCUCGACUCGUUCGUGCUUACAUUGUGAAAACGAAAGACUGGUGGCACUGCGUGGACUGCAGCAGGGCAAGAGAGCUAGCAUAUUGCGGCAGAGAAGGUUGCUAAAUCAUCAGUCGACGUUGAGUACAGAAGCUAAAAAGAGGGUAGACGCAGAAGACAUCGGUGAAGUAGAACGGCCAUAUACCCAAAUCAAGGAGGAGCAUACAGACAUAGGAGUGAAAGCAGCUUUGGGGGUGCUUUGGUUCUACAAGAACGGCAUAUCUCCCCUUCUGCCGAAAUCCUGCCGCUUUGUGCCUACCUGCUCAACAUACUCUGUUGAGGCAUUCAAGGAGUUUGGGUUUUGCAAAGGAAGUGCUCUGACCGUAUGGCGAAUCCUUCGGUGCAACCCUUUCUCUAAGGGCGGAUUUGACCCGGUGCUCUGGCCACCAGUGGGGCUUGCGGGGCUCUUCAAUGAAGAUGAGGCAAUUAAGUAAUGGCUUGUGGUGAUAUUGCAUCGGUUCCAGCUGUUAACAUGAACACAUUACCAUGAUGCUUCAAGUUGAAGCUGUGGAAGCAAAGCAGCAAUCCUACUCAACUGCAAAGCAGUGCUUACUUUCAAAAGAUACAAUGCUCACCAUUGAACUGCAAUGCUUGCAAAAAUUCAUGGCACU